AUGGUAGAUAUGGAAAAAUAUUUCAAACAAAAGUGGUAUGGUUCGGAGGAGGACAUAAGAAGGUACAAUACCAUUGAUUUAAUUUUGGGUGGCGUCACUAUAAGAUUUGCCGACAAUAUCGAAAGUACAUAUUCUUUAAUGAUGUUAGUAUUGAUAUUAGCUGAUGGAAAAAUAGAUAAAACUGUUAUCAUACAAGGAUAUUUCUCAGUAUUACUUCUUAUUAUCUUCUUGAUGAAUACUUUUCUCUAUUGUGGGGCAGGAGAGCUUGUAACAGAGCAAUGCAAUGCAGUAUAUCGUGCAAUAUGUGAUCUUGAGUGGUACAAAUUGGAAUCAAGGAAGGCAAGAAGUCUUAUUUUAUUAAUGAUGCGAGCGAAAUAUCCUUUUUGUAUCACUGCAGGAAAGAUUUUUCCGUUAACAAUGGCUACGUUUUGCAGUAUAUUAAAAACAUCGAUGGGCUAUAUAUCAUUUUUAUUAACACAACAUGGUUGA